CGUCGAUAGCGCACCGGAGGAGGUCGGGAGCGUCGAGAGACGCGGCGAGCAUCCCUGGGACCGCGGACCGUGAACGAGUCUUUGGCUCUCGUUGAGGAGCCCGCGGCUCUUCGUUCGAGGCGUCAUGGGGAGCAGCUGGACGCAGCGGAGGUCCUCCGGGAUACGCAUCGACCCUGGCACCCUGCAUUCCGGCGAGGGACUCGCCGUUUCCUGGCGACUCCCGAGGAUCGAGAAGUCUCGCUCGCGGCCGCGAGUGUAGGUUAGAGUGCCGAUCUUCGAGCCUUACCUGGACCGGACCGCGUGGAGUGCGUCGAGAGGACGGGGACGAGUCGCAGCGACCAUCCUUAGGGAUUAGGAGGAUCCGAGGGCCUAGGGAACUGUUCGUGACGUGCUCCGGAGACCUUACUGUCUGCGGGUGAAAGUGCUCGGUGGGUGCUCUUCGCCAUCGAGGGAUGGAUCGACCGGUGGUCGAGGCUCCCGGGGUACAGGGAAUCGCAGUAGGACACCUCGAAGCUGUUUAGAGACUUCUAAGAUGCCUCUGGAGCUUCUCCUGGGAUCAGUCCCUAAGACGUUACUGCGUUCCGAAGCUUAAUCUCGUGUCGAAGCAUCUAGCGGGGCACGAUGACGUAUAAUGGUAUGCAAGUAUGUUCUGUCGGAUUGAGGCUGGGCCGUGCCUCUUCGAGAGACCGGGGUUUAUAGGAAAGGAGGACAUUAAGGAAACGUAGUGGAGUCUAGUCGUUUAAGGAGUUAGGACCGUACCUGGGAUUUCCUAGUGGAAUCUAGCACCGUGAGUGCAAGAUUCUGCGGCUUUGUAUCGAGGUUACACGAACGAGUAAAGGAGGCUCAAGUACCGUAGUCGGGGCACCGACAAACACCUCUGGAUACUCGCAACCUUCGAUGAACGAUUCGCGCUCGGUUGGGUUACUUGAGAAAGUCACGGUAAAACAAGAACAUCCAGAUGAGGCGGAAAUCAGGGAAUUGGCUGCCAAAAUGGUGGAAGCAAACAAGGCGAAAAUGAUCGCUACCGUGCCAGGGACUCAGCAACGGCCAACGGGCCUUGUGUCACAGCCCAAUCCUCUCGACAUUCGAAUCUACCUGAACAAGCGACCUGGGGACAAUCAGGUUGCGAAACCCCCUCCCACCGAGGGCAAGGUACCUCUCGAUGACGAAAGUCAAAGAGGCCGAUUCGGGUGGACUAGCUUUGGCAAGUGCCACAUCCCGUACAUAUUUCGCGGCACCGAAAAGUACUGCGCCGUUCGCAUUCUAGAGUCUAAGUUGCUGAACAAGUACCUGAGCUACCUGCACUCGGAUAUCUACAGUUGUACGUGUAUAAGGAGCUACUACAUAACGGAGGCCGAGAGCAAGCUCUUCAACGAGAUCAACGCCAAGCACUGUGAGAAUCAGUUCGGGAGGGAACAGUUCACGUGCAAAGACCUGGUCGUUCGGCUGGCGGAUGCCAAGGAGUUCUACGCGUUCCUGGACGUGUGCUACACCAAGCUCAAUGCUGGAACGAGUCAAAAUGUCCCGUCUGCGCAAAAGGCAGAGAAAUGUGGUUUCAUUCGUAUUAAUAAGGAAUCGGUUGUUCCUUACACAGUGAAAGACCGCUUGAAGUACGUUCCUCUGUUUUACUUCGAGGGUGAGACCGAUAAUCUCAAACUCAAGGCAGAAAAGCUCGAAGGCUGGGACUUGUCGUACUUGAAGUUUUGUUGUAAAGUACAGGGUAUACGAAAUGAACUGUUUGCUAGUGAAACGUGUUCCGUGAUUAGUUUGAGCGACAUCAAGAGUUACUUUCCACCCGGUACGGGUUUCGAGGAUUACUGGCCGAGUAAAGUGAUGGACUCGCAGUUAUUAGUGAGCAGUAAAGGCGGUGGUGGCGGAGGUGGCUGGACGAAACAGCCACCUACACCACCUGUGACCAAACCGGCACCAGUGCAGAAUAAUGCCAACAAGGUGGCACUAAAUUCACGUGGCGCUACCAUGCAGACUAUUGUCCCGCGGUGUGUUACGGCGGGUACCACGAUACAGAGGGUAGGUCAACCGAGGCCAGUCGUCACUACCCUCCCUGCGCACUCUGCUCCAACGGCGGUUCCUCCAGGGAGAACCAGUGCUGUUACACAGCCCAUGUUGAAUGCGGUGCAAGCGGUUUGCAAUGGUUGGACCGGUCUCGUCGGUGGACAGCCUACUUUCCAGGCUGCACUCGUUUCUCAACCCAACCAUCCUCCAUCCGUCAACCGUAUAAGCAAUGCUACUCUGAAUAUGCAUAAUCAAAUUUCCACGACGAACAAGACUACGUAUCCACAGCAGAGUAGGAGUAGAGGGGGUGGUAGCGGAGCAGCGGCUCAGUAUCCAGGAGUCUAUCCAGUUACGACAAUGCAAGCUGCGGCUCAGGCCCAACCACCCCCUCUGAUCAGAGCCACAGCCCACUCGAGUCAGCCCAAUCUCGGGGUUACAACCACCUACACGACGCCUAGUCUGGGCGUCCCAAACGCUGUUAACGCAGGGACGUAUCCGCAAAUGUUGGGCUUAAGUGCCGAACAAGUGCAGGCCCUGAUGCCACCUCCACCUGCAUCGGCACCCUCCCUCAUGACACACCCCUCGAGGCACACACCACCAGGUCAUACAUCACAGGGUCAUACUCCGUCAGGCCAUACACCACCUGGACAUAAUACCGCACACGCGAAAUAUCCACCACCUCUGAUACCAGUCAAUGGCAAUAGCAACGGAGCCAGGGACUCAAGGGGGCGGAAGCCGUUGCUCCCCAUACUCGAGACGCUCAGCUCGUCUUGUCAUGUACAACCGUACCAGAUGCAGAAGGCACUGGUGGAGGACAAGAUGGUGCCUUGUAUCAACGCGAAACCGUACAUCUACACCGAGCUCUUGAUGACCCUGGCCGACUUUGUAACUCAGUAUUUUCCUGCCUGCGACAUCAACAAUUGCAGGCAGGUUUUAACCGACGUCCUCGGCGUGGACUUGUACCAGGGGAACAGACUGCAGAUGAAGAUGCUCAUGGACGCUGGGAAGUGUUCCUCGAUGAACGAAGAGCUACCCCUGAUCCCCGUCAGGAGCAUUAUGAAGUACAUGCCGCAGAUGAAGUACAUGUUCAACAAUCGAAACGUCGUGAUGCCGGCCCCGGCACACUCGUCCGAAGAGCACCAGGCCAAAAAGCGACAACGCACCAGCUAGGACUGGCUACAGCCUUACUGGCCAACCUACGAUUAUUAUCAUUCGGCAUUCUAAAUGAUUUGCCGAUCGUCCCUCGUGUUAUACGUACGUGGCGAACCCGCGCGUCCCCCUUGGACCGAGCGGGACGCGAUAUUCGUCUUCGGCAAGUGAUAUAAUUGAAGUAACCGAGGCGAUUUUGACAGUUCGUACGCGCUCGUAAGGCUCAUCGCUUUCUCGGACGAGAAGACAUAAGUAUGUGUGGCACGUUCCCAAAGGAUAUCUCUUCGCAGGAGGUCUAUAAAGCGGUGUAUAUAGUUUUGUAAGAAGUGGGAAAUAGAGGUGUGCUGCUGUUUUUAAAUCGAUUACGAAGUCCAGCGUGGAUAGGCCUAAGAUCGAUCGCAUUGUCCGCGCUCUACUUACAUGGCAAUCGAUCGUCAUCGGCGCGACAUCGAUCGGGCAACUCCGUGAGAGUCGAUCCUCUGCAUUCGAACCUGUCCUCUCGGUAUAGGGCGGCAAUACAUGUCGAAGUAUAGAUGCUCUUCGUUUAGACGUUUUUAUAAACUGUCCGUUAGUUUCUCGAGUUUUAUCGCAAAAAUCGAGCGUCACCGGUUACGGCUCUGGAAGUUUGCGUUUCUUUGUCUUUAGUCAAAUGUAGUUAUUCUCUACGUUCUACGGGCAAAUCGAUCGCAACGUUGACACGUAUCGAAAGGAUAUAAGCAUUCGGAUGGAAUGGAUUUUCCUUCCGGGGCGGGAACAAAUGCAUUUUAUUUUAACGCUAAUCCAACACAUUUCUACGUUCCAACGGAGGGUGAGAUUCGCGGGGAGGUAAUCGAGAGUUGGGCGGAAUUUAUUUAUACCGAGUGGGUGGUUAUUUAAUUAAAAUAAUAGGUAUUUAAUUGAAGUCGCAUCUUUUAACGCGUCGGUUUAUCUCGCGCGUAUCUCCGUCCCCUCGUCGGAAUUAAGGUGUGACGUUUACUUUUGGAAUAAAAUGGAUUUGCUCGGGGGAUUACUUCUCUUCGUUACAAAUCGCGAGCAGCCAUUCGUAAAGAGUCGUAACGAACUCGACGGUCUUACGUUCAGCUGUCGACCCAUUCUGGCACACUUCUAAUUUUCUAUUCUUCGGGGGCAAGGACGCGGGAGAGUUUCGAGGGAGAAUUUUUUACGAGAGCACGAGACUCUCUCGGCGCUCGGUUCGAGUUAAUAGAACCGCGAUGCGACUAUUUGACUAAAUGUUACAUUCACGAUUGGAGUUCGCAUAUCCGAACGGCUGACAUUUCAAACGCUGAAAGUAAUGCCUGUUCAAGUUCCUAGUUGUUACAUAUGUAAUUUGACGAGUGAGACCACGGAGUAUCUACGAUGGGGUAAAUUACUGAUAGAAAUGAGAGAGAGAAAAAAAAAAAGAAAUGGAUUUAAGCGAAUGCCCUCUAUUAAUUAUCGAGAAUGCGCGCAAUCCGUAGAGAUCGUAAACCCACCCUGGAUGUUAUUAGUUUUGGGUGUACCCGCGGAAUUUUCUAAACACGUCUGAGAAUUAUCUGGUCUGUUUUUUUUCUUUUUUUUCUUUUUUUUUAAUUAUUCGAUUUGGUACGCCGUUUGCGUUUACUAAUGAAAAUUCGGGGCUCAUUGUUGUCGAACCGGUCAUUCGCGUGCAAUGUUACGCGGUAACGCUAAUUCACGCGAAGCAAAUAAACGUCAUUUGUUAAUGAUAAGUAGUUAGUGUUUUUAAUCGAGCUCUGCUUCCGAUAGCUUCUCAAAAUCACUGCGUGGCAUUCCGUUAACGCUGGAAGCACUUUUUCAAGUGUCCGAUGUACUCACGAGCGUGCAAUCACUCGCAAGAAAUAGAAAUCAUUGAAAUUCACAAUACAGGCACAUCGAUCAUUUCUUGAUCAAGUUUAGCAUAGUUCAGCUUUUUUUUUUUUUCGUUUAACCCACCAAUGCGUAGUAUUCCUUUGUUUUGUAGUUUUUUUUUUAUGUGCUCUGCAUCGAUUUAAUUUUCUUCGAGGCACCUCCAUAAGAAAUGCUGAGCCUAUGAUUAUGGUAUCAUGCAAGGAUUACGAUUCGUUAUAUGACGUGGUUGACACAAUUACAGGGAAUAAUCGAAGGAGAUCGGAUAAAAGUAAUUUGAACCCUUGCUUGGAGUGCUACAUUUGGAACAAUCAGAACAUACCUUCGUUUCUUAUUCAGUAUUCUCAUACCAAUGAGCAAUUGUUCGGCGUGAUCGUACAAUGAAAUUCCACGAUUAUCCACGAGUAAGGAGAACGGUACGCGAGCUCUGUUGUUUUCUGUUAUACUUUUUUUUUUCCUUUUUUGCAAACAAGACACCGAACACACCGCUUUGCAAUGGCUAUAAUUGUUACCGAAAAAUUCGACUGCUGCUUAUUAUACACGUAGUACUUACGUAGCCGUAGUAGAGUAGUGAUACGUUUACAGAAGAAAUAUUCCUCGAAAGAAGACAAAAAAAGAAAGAUAAGAAAGAAAGAACAAUGGUGAAAGUGCGGACCGAUAACACAAUCGCGGGUGUAAUUUAAUUACGUUUUGCCCACCACAAGUGGAAAUGGAUCCGGUCUACAAUCGCGAGAGUUAACGAAGAGCUACACACCUAUGUGGUCUUCCAUUCUGACCUAGAGUAUCUUAUGAGUACAAAAGGAGAUCACCUUGUUGUGUUAACCUGGACAUUGCGUUCAAGAGAACAACGCGGCACGCCACGCUGUUUCGCGAGAAGAUAACGAAAAGGGGACUUGAAAAACCAGCGGAAGGAAAAUUGCGUAUCGAACUCUUUCGUGUCGCCGUAGGAAAAAAUGGCAAAAAGAGAGAAGAGGAACAGACUGGGAUCUGUACGCGGUUGACUGAACAUUUAUUUCGUCGCUCGCUAAGAACACUGUAAAAAAAGCUCUAAAUACGAUGUAUAUGCUGGAAAGCUGUAUAUAAGAUGAUUAUAAUGUCAAAUUCACGAGGCCGAUCGUGGAUUUUAUAUACAAAACAAAAAAACUGCUUAGGUAUCCUGUUACGGUGAAAAUGGUAUAUUUUAUUAUUUAUAAAUUGUAUUUAGUGUCGAAGCAUGACUCGAAAGAUUAUAUUGCCAUUGAAAAGACUACAUGACGGACUGGCGUCUCUGGCUUCGUUGGCCCACUAUUAUCGCAUUAUCUCGUCCACUUUGCACUAAUCUCUCUCUCUCUCCCUCAUUAAAAGGCACGUCCUCCAAAAUCCGGAAAAUAAUUCCAGAGACAUUUGUUUCAACAUCUCGUUUUACUGCUGUUAACGCAUUGGAACAUUCCUUGGGUGCCUUCCAUUGGAGGCUUCGGGUUUUUGUCCUACGCAUUAUCUGUUAAUUAUAUCAGCUGGCGCGAUAGAUGUUCUUUCGGUACAUUUUACACUUUUCGGAAAAUAUUGGUUUUCUUUUUUUUUUUAGUUUUCCAGCGAAUUUUGUCGCGAUGUGCUCUCGAAUUGUUCCUUCCGAUAAGGCGUUGCUCAUUUUCAUCUAUACGUUAUUUAUCUUCUCUUUCGCUCUCCUUUCUUUCUUUCUUUUUUUUUUUUAUACGGAAAACUUAAUGCGAACGAAACGUCGGUUUUGCGAGAAACAAAUCGUUUAUAAGCGUUUCGCUUAAUUACGAAUCUCGGAAAGGAGUUCCGCGAGACCCCAGUCCAAUACCUAGAAAUUCUUUCUAAGUACUAGAUUAGCGCAUUUAUUUGUUAAAACACUUGUUACGAUAAUACGUGUAUUAUAAUUUAUCAUAACUUCAUCUGUAAAUAUAGCCUAUAAGCAUUACUUAGAAAUAAUAGAUAUUUCAAAUAAAUUGAUGAUAUAACUGAAA